GGUGGGUGGCGGGUGCAGCUUCCAGGAGAAUUACAGUCAGUUGUGUGGGAGUCAGGCCAACUUUUGCAGGCUGGCAUUCGUCCUCCAGAACUAGCAACACACCUCACCCUCCAUUAUCAGACUCUCCAAACUGCUGCUAUGGGCCUUCACCUAACUCUAAAAGACUACCACUCUGUGCUUGACCAACUCAGUCAAGUACAGCGAGAGCUCUUGAGUGCUGAGUUAGCUGGAGCUGAUCGCGUGUUGGCUGCUGGACAACGGGUUGUGACGUGGUCCCCAGCAGCAUUAACCCACUUCAGUUCCUCCUGCAGGGAUGUAAUUGAACAUGUUCGGGCUCUUUCCAAUAAGCUAAUCAGGAGUUAUUAGGUGAAUGUACUGAACAUUGUGAUGAGGCCAUUGAUGAGCUGGUGGACACCUAUGAUAAGCUAGUGACAACACUAGGGUCAGCUGGACUGUUGUUGGCUGGGGCUGAGGAAGGUGUCUGAGCCUUUAGCUGCACACAUUCGUGCUGUCUCAGAAGCAAAAAAGAUUAGCACCAUUUCUUCUGCAUUGGCAAUGCAAUGUUCAGGAGGCUAUAACCAUGAUGUUAGUGAAUAGCAUUGAUGAACUAAAGGGCUGGUUAGAAGGAAAAGAAGUUGUGUUUGGAGUCGAGUCUAACCUAACGCCCACAUCCAACCUGACACUCACACCACCUGUCCGUACCCUCACCUCCACGCUAGCAGAUGCUCUUGGACAUAUUGUCAGAAGUGCCAUGUGCUUCCGUCACUGGGUAGAACUAGAUGAUGGGACAGUAUCUCUCAACCCAGCACCCACAGCUGAUGAUGAUACUCUGGCAUCAUCCACCUUUUACAGUCAGGUGUCUGGUGAUCCUCGGCUACAUACUGCUAUUGAGAGCAUACAAACAACAUUUUCAAAAGUCAUCCGUGAGCUGGACAUUGAUUUACAAAGUUGGUAUGCUUAUGAACAUGUCUGGCGUCGUGACAAAGCUGGAACAGUGUCUAGGUUCUGCAAAAGCAGCCCUUCUGUUAAAGAAUAUGAUGACAAACUGAGGUUCUAUACUCAUCUUGCCUCGGAACUCUCCCAGGCAUCACAAGAAGUAACUCAUGGCUGUGUAAGUUUGGAUGUUCGAUUACUGGUGAGUCAGAUAGUAAGUCAUGCUAUGGAUUGGGUGAAGCUACUAGGUAGUGGAUUACUGCAGGAAGCACGUUCCCGUCUUCAGCAUGUUCUUCAUCAGGUCACAGCCGUGAAUACUGCGCUUCAUCAGAGUCCAGACGACAUGGCAUCACUGACUGUGGUGAUGCGGGCAGUGGGACGAGUCAGCUCAGAGCAUGCCCAUCUUCACACAGCUUUACUCGAUGUACGUCAGAUGUUCCAUACCCUUCAUAUUUAUGGGAUUGAGGUUCCAGACAGUGAUCAUGAGCAGUUAGAGAAUACAUCAGAACGACUGGAAGCACUUCACCAUAGUGCAAUUAUUGUUCAAAAAGCUGUCCAGCCUGUACAGAUGUUCUUCCUCACCAACACCCAAAGGAAGGUGGCAGAGUUCAGUGACACUGUCAAACAGUUUCAUGACAAGUUUGAGACUCAAGGCCCAGGUGCUGUUGCAGCUAAUUUGGAAAAGGGUGUUGGACUACUGAAGGAGUAUUCGGAGGAAGUGGCAGUGUUGCUUAAACAGCGACAAGCAUUGGACGAGGAGGAGGAUGUAUUUGACUUAGCAGCAACACAGUAUCCAGGACUUGAUAAUGCUAUCAUAGUUAUGAGCCAGUUAAAGGAUGUGUUUAAUGUCUACCAGCAACUAAGAAGUAUAGAGAUGACCUGGCGUACAAUGAGAUGGGCCACAGCUAAACUGGAUGACCUGAAGAACCAAGUUGAAGAAGUGCAGAUGGCCCUUCAUAAGUGUGCUAGUGCUCAGGAAACACAAGUGGGGUGUUCAUUACAACAACGCUUAGAAGACCAUAUCACUAGCCUAGAAGUGACGGCAGCACUCAGACAGCCAGCAGUGCAAGCACGACACUGGCAACACCUUGUUAAUGUUACAGGAAGUUCUCCACUUCCCUUGAUUUUAAUUCCCCUUUUGAAGAAUGGUAUCUAUCCCUAUUUGGAUAGCAUCCGGCCUGUGACAAGCCUGUAUGAGGUGGAACCCGGUGAGAGGACCGAUUGGCUUGGUUGUCCCAGCAUAACAGAUGAUUCUUUGUCUGAAUGUGAGGAGAAAGAAGCAACUUUUUCUGUUUCUCUUGAAGCAACUUUGCGCCCAGAUGAGAUAGUUGCUUUUCCUUAA